AUUAAUGUCAAAAGCAGCAACUGUCAUGAAACUGAUGAAAUGCCGCGAAUGUUUGUUUUGGAUUUGCUAAAUAAAAAUGAGGAGUACCAAGCAAAUAUUUCGGCAUAAAUAUGGUAAAUUACGAAAUUAUAAUAACAGACUGUAUUGUAAUUUACUGCCUUCCAGUGAAGUUGUGAUUAUAAAGAAGAAAAAACGAGAAAAUGAAGACGUUAACCUCAAAACUGAAAAAAAGAAGGAAGAAAACAUUAUUAGCAAUAAUUCUAAGGAAUUUAGAGUCAAUGAGGUCAACAUACAAAUGAUUUCAAAGAAUAUAUACGAACAGUUGUUUAAAAGUCCUAGUCAGAGUGUAGAUCCUGAUGUUAUAAAAAGUUGCCAAAAUAAUCUUUUAAAACAUGGAAUAGACUAUAAGAAAUGCAGUCAUCUACCCGACGUAGAGUUAAAGUUGCCGAAACUUGAAGGCAAUGAUAUCGUGGAACAUUUUUAUAAUAUUGGGGAGAAACAGAGCGCACCUUACAGAGAAUUAUUGCAGCGACUAGCUACAUCUGAAUUGCCACCAAUGCCAAAGAAAUGGUCCAAAGUUGCAGGCUGGACUAGAUAUUCAGGUAAAUCUCAGGAGAGAGUUCCUUGUCCACCUGACGAUGCACUGGUUUUCGAUGUGGAAGUCCUCAUGUCUGCUGGCAAGAGGCCCACCCUGGCCUGUGCUGUGUCCUCUGAUGCUUGGUAUGGCUGGAUAAGUCCACCACUUGCAAAUGGGGAUCCCCAUAGAGUGUUUGACAACAUAAACUACGAUGAUCUGAUACCAUUGGAGACUGAUGGCGACAAGCCCUUUGGAGACCUCAGCAGAAGCAGAAUUGUGGUCGGCCAUAAUGUGUCUUUUGACAGAGCUAAGAUUAAAGAACAGUACUGGUUGGAUAGGACAGGAGUACGUUUCAUGGAUACGAUGUCUAUGCACACGUGUGUGAGUGGAGUCACCAGCUACCAGCGAACAGUGCUCAAAGCGAAGAACAAGGAACCGCACCCUUCAGACGACGACUGGAUCGAGAUCAGCUCCCUUAACAACCUUAGCGAGGUGCACAAGUUAUACUGCGGCACUCCUGUAGACAAAGAAACGAGAGACAUAUUCGUUGAAGGCACCUUGCAAGAUGUUCAUGAUAACUUCCAGAUGUUGAUGCAGUACUGUGCCAAUGACGUGGUAGCUACACAUGAUGUAUUGAAGGAACUACUGCCUUUGUUCUUGCAAAGAUUCCCCCAUCCCGUCACGUUGGCUGGCAUGUUGGAGUUAGGAUCUGCGUACUUACCAGUUAACUCCAACUGGCUGCAAUACAUAGACUCAGCAGAAACAGUCUUCGAGGAUCUAAAAUUGGAAUCCCGACAGCUGUUAUCACGAAAAGCCGACGAAGCUUGCCGAAUGAUGGCCGACAAUUCCUACAAAAAAGAUUUGUGGAUGUGGGACCAAGACUGGUCGGUACAAACCUUGAAAUUGAAAAAACAAACCAAGAAGAAGAAAACUGUCACAGAAAGCGAAAACAAAGACCAAAAAGCUAGUGAUUUGAAAAAUGGCACUCCCGAAAUCAAAAAUGAAUCGCCAAGCGAAAAUGUAGAGCCUGAUUUGUCGAAAUUCAAAAUUUUGAAUGAAGAAUACCUGCAAUGUAUGGAGAACAGAGUUAGAAAAAAGGAUGUGAAAGUUGAUGAGACUUUGAGCAAAGAGUUUGAAUACCUGUUUGAAUUAGGAGAACUGUUGCCUGUGAAAAGGCCAUAUUUAGCCGGCUAUCCGGCUUGGUAUAGAAAACUGUGUACUAAACCCGGAAAGGAUCCUGACUGGACACCUGGAGCUAAUAAUAUAACUACUAGUAUGCAAAUAACACCAAAACUCCUUCGCUUAUCCUGGGAGGGUUACCCCCUCCACUAUAUUAAGUCCGAAGGGUGGGGGUUUCUCGUCCCAUACAGUCGACAGCGUAGUGAAGAUGCCGAAGAACCGCUGGUACCGAUAGAAGAACUAUUGAAGUCGUGCCCCUUGACGUUUUGUAAGGACACCGACUUCCAACCUGAUGUGCACAUGCUGCCUAAAACUGUUGAGGAAGAUUUGGGCAGGCGUGCUUACUACGCUAGGAAGAAAGUUGACGAGCAAGCUGCCGCGAACCAGUACCACGGCCUCGGAGUCUGGUCCGGGGUAGAAAUUCAAGGCUGCUGUCAUUUUCUCCGACUUCCACAUAAAGAUGGGCCGAAGUACAAAGUAGGCAAUCCUUUGGCGAAAGACUUUCUGGAGAUGUUCAGUCAAAACGUGCUCUCCGCUCAAGGGAAUGAAGCUGAAAAGGUGCUAACUUUCGGUCGUAUGAUGUCGUACUGGCGCAACAACCGGGAGCGUAUAUUGAGCCAGCAAGUGGUCUGGUUGCCGGACUGUCUGCUGCCCCCCGCUCUCAGAGGCGGCGUCAAGAAGUACGGAGCCAUCAUACCACAAGUUGUGGUCUGUGGCACUCUUACUAGGCGUGCGAGCGAGCCAACAUGGAUGACAGCCAGCAACUCGCACGCAGAGCGCGUGGGCUCGGAGCUGCGGGCGAUGGUACAGGCCCCCACUGGGUACAAGUUUGUGGGCGCUGACGUAGACUCGCAGGAGUUAUGGAUAGCCGCUCUCUUAGGAGACAGUACACUAGGUCUCUGCGGCGGCAGCGCGUUCGGCUGGGCCGUGCUCGCGGGAGACAAGAGCCGGAAGACCGACCUUCACUCCCUCACGGCCACUGCAGCCGCCGUGUCGAGAGAUCACGCUAAAGUUAUCAAUUAUGCCAGGAUUUAUGGUGCCGGUCAGAAUUUUGCAGAGAGAUUGCUAAAACAAUUUAAUCCUACCAUGACGAUUUCGGAAGCUAAGAGCAAGGCUGCCAAAAUGUUCACUUCGACAAAAGGCAGGCGCGUCUAUCAACUCAAGAAACAAUACAUGGAAGGGUUUAUGGAAGAAGAUGUGAAUGAACAGGCCGUGGAGAUGACGGGGUACCAAGCGAUGCGACUGGCGAAAAUGAGCGGGAAGAGAGUAGAAGAUAUGUUCGAAAGACCCAAGUGGGUGGGAGGCACCGAAUCCGAUAUGUUCAACAAAUUGGAAGAAAUUGCUGAUUCCGAGGGUCCAUCAACGGCAUUCCUGUCGGGUCGGUUGUCGCGAGCGCUAGAACACUCGCAGGGCCGGUGGGGGGGCACGCGACUCAACUGGGCAGUGCAGAGUGCGGCCGCAGACUUCCUGCAUCUCAUGCUCGCUAGCAUGGCACAUUUAGCACCUAGAGCCAGAUUCUGCCUCAGUUUUCACGAUGAAGUGAGAUAUCUGGUGUCAGAUGAACAUAAAUAUGAAACUGCGCUGGCGCUUCAAAUCACCAACCUUCUGACGAGAGCAUUUUGUUCGCAAAGAGUUGGAUUAAACGAUCUUCCCCUGUCAGUGGCGUUCUUCACAUCAGUAGAAGUUGACCAGGUUCUAAGAAAAGAGUCGAAUCUCAACUGUAUGACGCCAUCCAACCCUCAUGGCUUAGAUAAGGGAUACGGAAUUCCUAAUGGAGAAUCAUUGAACAUAUUUGAAGUAUUAGAUAAGUGUAAAUCAAAUAAAUUAGUCAAUUAAGAA